CUCUACGACGUAGAAAGCGAAAACUAUCGUUUUCUUUGCGUUUCCUCUCUCUCACUAUUUCUCCUGUACGGCGAUUGAUUGAGUGCUGAUCUUCAAAAUUGCAUACAGAAAUAGGCUCCUCUUCAUUCGACGAGAUCUCUUCUUCUCCCUCGGAGCUUGAGUCAAGCUGCUUCAGGCUUUGAUUCUCUCGCAUUUCGUAUCGGUUCCCGCGAAUGAGAUGUUUGUGACGGCAGACAGAUAAUCGUAGAUCGUGAUUGAAACGGGGAGAGAUAAGAGGAAGAAGAUGAGUGAGGGGCAGAAGUUCCAGCUUGGAACCAUCGGUGCUUUGAGUUUGUCAGUUGUGUCGUCUGUGUCGAUCGUCAUCUGUAACAAGGCGCUUAUUAGCACCCUCGGUUUCACCUUUGCGACCACUUUGACAAGCUGGCAUCUUUUGGUCACAUUUUGUUCUCUUCAUGUGGCACUAUGGAUGAAGUUCUUUGAACACAAGCCUUUUGAUCCACGAGCUGUAAUGGGAUUUGGCAUAUUAAAUGGGAUAUCCAUUGGACUGUUGAACCUUAGCUUGGGUUUUAAUUCCGUUGGUUUCUACCAGAUGACAAAACUGGCCAUCAUCCCUUGUACUGUUCUCUUGGAGACACUCUUCUUCAGAAAGAAAUUCAGUCGAAAAAUCCAGUUUUCUUUAUCUAUCCUUCUCCUUGGUGUCGGAAUAGCAACAGUGACAGAUCUUCAGCUUAAUGUACUGGGCUCCGUCUUGUCGCUGCUGGCUGUCCUCACUACGUGUGUGGCCCAAAUAAUGACCAAUACCAUCCAGAAGAAAUUUAAGGUUUCUUCCACCCAACUUCUGUAUCAGUCUUGCCCGUACCAAGCAAUCACGCUUUUCAUCGUUGGCCCAUUUUUGGAUGGGCUCCUGACCAACCAGAACGUGUUUGCUUUCAAGUACACCUCUCAAGUCCUGUUCUUCAUUGUCCUGUCCUGCCUCAUAUCUGUUAGCGUGAACUUCAGCACAUUUCUGGUCAUAGGAAAGACAUCUCCAGUGACCUAUCAGGUCCUGGGACAUCUGAAAACAUGCCUAGUUUUAGCUUUUGGCUAUGUUUUGUUACGUGACCCGUUCAGCUGGCGCAACAUUCUCGGCAUACUGAUAGCUGUGGUUGGAAUGGUUCUCUAUUCAUAUUACUGCACACUGGAGACCCAGCAGAAGGCCAGCGAAGCAUCAACCCAGCUGCCCCAGGAAAGCGAGAGUGAUCCACUGAUAACAGCGGAAAACGGGAGUGGAAUGUUGUCAGAGGGUGUCGCGGCAAAGAACCCGUGGAACUCUAACAAAGAUCUGGAAGCGUAGAGCCGAAUUUCGUACAGCGCCCGUACCAGAGAUUCUUGGAUUAUCUGCGGUGGCAGAAAAUAGUCUUUGUUUUUUUUACGAGGUAAAAACCUUUAUACAACACUUAUAUGUUUUGCGCUAAUGGAAGAGCAAGCGGUAAGGGAGUAUGGAAAAUGAUAGACACAAGGAAAAGGAUAGGCCAAGUUUUGGGUUCCUUCGUAAA